UUUUCCUGUUGUGAACAAGCAGCUCAAUCGUUCAAAAUGAAACUGUUUAUCGUUGCUUUCGCUGUGAUCGCAGCUGUGGCCGCUGAUGUCAGCCACCUGCCCACCAAUGAGUACUUGCCCCCUGUGCAGGAUGCUUUCUCUGUUGCUCCCACCAACGAGUACCUGCCCCCUGUGGCCAACACCGUCGAGCAGGGCGAACUUGCUGCUGAUGGAUACCGUUACAAGACCCACCGUCGCACCGUGCUCCGUCGUCACCGUCGUGAUGUCAACGAGCUGUCCAACGAAUACCUGCCCCCAGUUCAGGAGACCGUUGUUGCUGCUCCCACCAACGAGUACUUGGCCCCAGUUGACGCUGAGCCCGCUCAUGAGCUUGCCGCUGAUGGUUACCGUUACAAGACCCACCGUCGCGUGAUCCGUCGCCGUCGUGAUGUCAACGAGCUGUCCAACGAGUACCUGCCCCCAGUUGCUGCCCCAACCUCCGAGUACCUGCCCCCAGUUGCUGCCGUUGAGGCUGCUCCAGUUGCCGCCGUUGAGGCUGCCCCCGCCCAUGAGCUCGCCGCUGAUGGUUACCGUUACAAGACCGUCCGUCGUGUGAUCCGUCGCCGUCGUGAUGUCAACGAGCUGUCCAACGAAUACCUGCCCCCAGUUGCUGAGGCCCCAAUUGCCCAGGAAGUCGCCAUUGAGUCUGCUCCUCUUGCUGAUGAUGGUUACCGUUACAAGACCGUCCGUCGUGUGAUCCGUCGCCGUCGUGAUGUCAACGAGCUGUCCAACGAAUACCUGCCCCCAGUUGAGGCUCCGAUUGCCCAGGACGUCGCCAUCGACUCUGCUCCUCUUGCUGAUGAUGGUUACCGUUACAAGACCGUCCGUCGUGUGAUCCGUCGCCGUCGUGAUGUCAACGAGCUGUCCAACGAAUACCUGCCCCCAGUUCAGGAUACCGUUGUUGCUGCUCCCACCAACGAAUACUUGGCCCCAGUUGAUGCUGAGCCCGCUCAUGAGCUCGCCGCUGAUGGUUACCGUUACAAGACCCACCGUCGCGUGAUCCGUCGUCGUCGUGAUGUCAACGAGCUGUCCAACGAGUACCUGCCCCCAGUUGCUGCCCCAACCUCCGAGUACCUGCCCCCAGUUGCUGCCGUUGAGGCCGUUGAGGCUGCCCCCGCCCAUGAGCUCGCCGCUGAUGGUUACCGUUACAAGACCGUCCGUCGUGUGAUCCGUCGCCGUCGUGAUGUCAACGAGCUGCCCACCAACGAGUACCUGCCCCCAGUUGCUGCCCCAACCUCCGAGUACCUGCCCCCAGUUGCUGCCGUUGAGGCUGCUCCAGUUGCUGCCGUUGAGGCUGCCCCCGCUCAUGAGCUCGCCGCUGAUGGUUACCGUUACAAGACCCACCGUCGUGUUGUGUACCGUCGUCAUUAAGUUUCAUUCCUACACGAAAUGUUUAACUAAGUGAUCAAAUUGUACUCAUUUUGGAGUGCAAUAUUUGAUAUAAGAAUAAAUCCGAUUAUCAUUAU